GAAUUUCCCAUUAUCUAACUUUCUGUACGUGUAGCAUUAUCCUCUUUUAAAACCCUUGGCACCAUAAUCAAAAGCUAGGGUUUCUUUCUUCUUCUCUUGUAAAGACUUCGUCGUCGCGUACCAUGCCUCAAGGAGAUUACAUAGACCUUCACAGGAAGAGGCAUGGCUAUCGCCAUGACCACUUCGAGCGCAAACGCAAGAAGGAGGCUCGCGAAGUUCACAAGCGAUCCCAAAUUGCUCAGAAGGCUCUGGGUAUCAAGGGCAAGAUGUUUGCUAAGAAACGCUAUGCUGAAAAGGCCCAAAUGAAGAAGACGUUGGCUAUGCAUGAAGAAUCAUCAACCAGGCGAAAAGUGGAUGAUAAUGUUCAUGAGGGAGCUGUUCCUGCUUAUCUACUUGAUCGUGAAACAACUACAAGAGCAAAGGUUCUCAGCAAUACUGUAAAGCAAAAGAGAAAAGAGAAAGCUGGGAAAUGGGACGUUCCUCUACCAAAGGUCAGGCCUGUGGCAGAAGACGAAAUGUUUAGAGUGAUCAGAACCGGUAAACGAAAAACCAAGCAGUGGAAGAGGAUGGUCACCAAAGUCACAUUUGUAGGACCUGGUUUUACAAGGAAGCCUCCAAAGUAUGAGCGUUUCAUCCGCCCUACAGGAUUGCGUUUCACUAAAGCCCACGUGACACAUCCUGAACUGAAAUGCACAUUCAAUCUUGAAAUCAUCGGAGUGAAGAAAAAUCCAAACGGGCAAAUGUACACCUCCCUUGGGGUUGUGACUAAAGGAACCAUUAUUGAGGUGAAUGUAAGUGAACUAGGUCUCGUCACACCAGCCGGAAAAGUGGUGUGGGGGAAGUACGCCCAAGUGACAAAUAAUCCAGAAAAUGAUGGUUGCAUAAAUGCCGUUCUCCUCGUCUAGAAAGGGUAGCGAAAACAGAUGGCACACCUCAAUUUUGGCCCUGCAUUAAUGUAUUACAUUUUGUAUGAACAAGCCUAUUUAUUUUGAUACCUAAGUACGCAUUCAUGAGUUUAGGUUCUUUAUCCAAGAGGAUGAUGUCUCGCAGCCACUUCUCAAACUCAACGCCAGGCCGAGCAGGCCCGUAAUUUUUGAAUAUCCCUUUAACAUAUAACCAAAAGACAAAAACAGCAGGGAUUAUUAUAUUGGGAGAUUUUUUGUUACA